GUGUUGUGGUAGAUACCCAUAUUGAUGGUCGAGGGAUCGACACCUUGGAUGUAGCCGUUGAAGACGUUCUGGAUGUAGUCGAGGUUGUUGUGUUGAGCGCAGAUGGCAUAGUUGUUGGCAUCGAACACGGUCAUUCCUUGACGCCAUCCGUUGUAGUAGCCCAUAGCUUGAACGACGUUUCCGUUUGUUUCGUCAAUCAUCUUCUUCAUGUACUCGGCACCGAUGCGGAUGUUGGUCUCGGGGUCGUAGCAGCUUGCAUCGGGAUAACCUGCGGGGCACUUUUCGCCAGUGAUUUGCAUCAUACCGAUUUCACCAGCACCGCCAGUAACGUCGGGUCUGCAUCCGCUUUCUUGGAGCGCGAUGGAGGCGAGCAGGAUGGUGGGGAUGCCAGUUUCACCGGACAUGGUCUCGAAGAUAUGGAGGUAGUCCUUGCAAGCACUGAAGACGUUACCGUCUUGUUGGAGGACGGUGGCGAGAUCCUU